AUGGAGUGUGACAAAGCAAUAGUAGAGGAGAUUAGGCCGUUCGGCGUAGCUCGAUCUACUAUCAACGAGAAGCCGCUUUCCAAGGAAGAGCUGGAGAAGUACGAUGACUUCUUCAAAGCGAGCUUGUAUCUCUGCUUGGGUAUGAUCUACCUCAUCGACAACCCUCUUCUACACGAGGAGUUGAAGAAGGACCACAUCAAAGCCCGACAGCUGGGACAUUUUGGAUCUGCACCUGGUCAGAUCUUCACGUAUAUGCACUUCAACCGUCUCAUCAAGAAGUACGACCUCGACGCCAUUUUCGUCUCCGGUCCUGGCCAUGGUGCACCUGCUAUACUCUCCCAGGCCUACCUGGAAGGUACCUACUCAGAGGUGUACCCCGCCAAAUCCGAGGAUCCAGAGGGCAUGCAGAAGUUUUUCAAGCAAUUCUCAUUCCCCGGUGGUAUUGGCUCACACGCUACUCCCGAGACACCUGGUAGUCUCCACGAGGGUGGCGAGUUGGGCUACGCCAUCUCCCACGCAUUCGGCACGGUCUUCGACCACCCGGAGCUCAUCACAGUCACCAUGGUAGGCGAUGGUGAAGCAGAAACCGGACCUUUGGCUACUUCGUGGCACAGCAACAAGUUUCUGAACCCCAUCACCGAUGGUGCUGUGCUCCCAGUUCUACACCUCAACGGCUACAAGAUCAACAACCCCACUCUUCUGGCACGUAUCUCCCACAAGGAGAUUGAGCAGCUGUUCCUCGGAUAUGGUUGGCAACCAUACUUCGUCGAGGGCGACGACAUUGAGUCCAUGCACCAAGCAAUGGCUGGAACGCUCGAGAAAUGUGUGAAGGAGAUCAAACAGUACCAGAAGCAGGCACGCGACUCUGGCAAGCCUUUCCGUCCGAAGUGGCCCAUGGUCAUCCUGCGCACUCCCAAGGGCUGGACUGGUCCCCGCAAGCUCAAUGGUCACUACCUCACUGGCUACUGGAGAUCUCAUCAGGUCCCCAUCACCGAUGUGCGCACCAACCCUGCGGACCUCAAAGUUCUCGAGGAGUGGAUGCGUAGCUACGAGCCUGAUAGGCUGUUUGGCGCUGAAGGUAGAAUAUCCGCGGAACUGAGAGAUGCGAUCUGCCCCACCGGCAACAAGCGAAUGAGUGCAAACCCUAUCGCAAAUGGAGGUCUGAUCAAGAAGCCUUUGAAGAUGCCCGAGUUCAAGGACUACGGCAUCCAAGUUGACCACCGCGGCGGUAUCUUGAAGGGCAGCAUGACAAACUGUGCCCUCUUCCUCAGAGACAUCGUCGCAAAAAACCCCGAGAACUUCCGACUGUUUGGUCCUGAUGAGACCGAGUCGAAUAAACUUGGCGGAGUCUACGAAGCUGGAAAGAAGGUCUGGCUGGGCGAGUACUUUGAAGAAGAUGACGACGGCGGUAAUUUGUCUCCUUUCGGCCGUGUCAUGGAAAUGCUGAGUGAGCACACUUGCGAAGGAUGGUUGGAAGGUUACAUCCUCAGCGGACGCCAUGGCUUGCUGAACAGCUACGAGCCUUUUAUUCACAUCAUUGAUUCGAUGGUUAACCAGCACUGCAAAUGGAUCGAGAAGGCCUUGGAGGUCGAGUGGCGUGCAAAGGUUGCGUCGCUUAACAUCUUGCUUACUGCUGUUGUUUGGCGCCAGGACCACAACGGUUUCACUCACCAAGAUCCCGGUUUCCUGGAUGUAGUAUGCAACAAGAGUCCGGAAGUUGUUCGCAUUUAUCUGCCCCCGGAUGGUAACUGUCUGCUUUCAACCAUGGACCAUUGUCUCAAAUCGUCAAACUACGUCAACGUCAUCGUAGCGGACAAGCAAGAUCAUCUGCAGUUCCUCACUAUGGACGAGGCUGUCGAGCACUGUACCAAGGGAGUCGGUAUCUGGCCACAUUUCAGCACAGACGUGGGCGAGGAGCCGGAUGUCGUCAUGGCCAGCUGCGGAGAUAUCUCCACGAGCGAGUCGCUUGCCGCCAUUGACCUCUUGCUUCAGAACUUCCCUGAACUGAAGAUUCGCUGUGUCAAUGUCGUCGAUCUGUUCAAGCUUAUCCACCACGACGAACAUCCACAUGGUCUGAAGGAUCGCGAGUGGGCUGCUCUCUUCACGGAUAAUAAGCCCGUGAUCUUCAACUUCCACUCUUACCCCUGGCUCGUGCACCGUUUGACAUACAGGAGAAAGGGUAGCCACAACAUCCAUGUUAGAGGCUACAACGAGAAGGGCAACAUCGACACGCCCCUGGAGCUCGCCAUCCGCAACGGCACGGAUCGCUUCAGUCUCGCCAUCGCCGCCAUCGACCACAUGCCCCACCUGGGCAACCGUGGUGCGGCCGCACGCGAGAAGCUCAAGAAUGUCCAGUUGGCGGCUCGCAACCAGGCGUUUGAGAUUGGCCAGGAUCCCGAGUACUUGACCAAGUGGACGUGGCCACACCGGGGACUCUGGGUCCCCCCACCGAAGAGAGAGGCAAUUAACUAA